AUGGAGAGAAGAGAAACAGAAGAUUUUCGAUGGCCUUUCAUGGCCAACCCCACUCUGCAAAACCGCCAGGUUUCCUCCCCAAAUCAUCGUUUUCAAAUCAAUGGUUCCCAUGUUUCUACUAACCCUAAUUUUUAUCAAAACAAUGAUCUCUUUCAAAACCCUGGUAGUUCUUAUCAGACCCUUCCACAAACUUCUCGAUCAGUCCAUGAAUACCUUGAAGAUUCUUUUAGUCGAAUGAAUCUGAAUGUUUCUUCUAAUAAUGAUUCCUCUCCAUUGAAUUUUCGCAAUCUUCCUUCACAAAAGAUGAGGGUUGAGUCUGCUGUGAGGGGACUAAUGGGGUUGAAUCAUGAGAGUUUCGGUGGCCAUUCAAACUCAACGAGGUCUCUUGGAAGUCAAAAUAUAGUGGGAGGAGCCAUGACUCGAUCUGCAAAUUUUCCCAGCACUCCUAUGGCCAAUGACUUCGGCUUCAACUUACAACGUAGGAGUCAGUCUUUUGAAGGAUUGGAUUACGCAUGUUCACGUAGACUGAUCAACAAUUCUGAUCUUCAAUCUUGUUGGGGGAACACAUGGGCCGUCAAUGGUUUGGAAUCUGAAAAAUCUGCUUCUAAUUUGCUGUCUUCCAUGUAUAAUCAUCCGGGGGUUUAUCCCCAACAGCGUUCGAAAUAUCCCUCAUUGGAGGACUUAAAAGGACAUGUAUCCUCAGUGGCAAAAGAUCAAAACGGUUGCCGUUUCUUGCAGAAGAAAUUUGAUCAUGAAACAAUAAGGCGUGAAGAGAUUGAAAUUAUUUUCUUGGAGGUGAAAGAUAAUUUGCAUGAACUAAUGGUUCACCAGUUCGCUAAUUAUCUUAUUCAGAAACUCUUCGAAGCCGGCAAUCAAGAACAUAGGACUCGACUACUUCACUUUCUCGUUCAUAGCGAACAAAGGUUCCUGAAGGUUUGCACUGAUGUGCACGGGACUCGGGCGGUUCAGAAAUUUAUGGAGCGAAUCUCUACCCAAGAACAAAGAUCUAUUCUUCUGUCAGUGUUGAAGCCUAUUGCUGUUACCUUGACAAACGAUAUCCAUGGUCAUCAUAUAAUCGAACAGUGUUUCAAUAAAUUCUCAAAUGAAGAUACAAAGCUUCUUGUGGAUGAAAUUGUAGAACACUGUCUUGACAUUGCAACUGACAAAAGCGGCUGUUGUGUAUUGCAACAAUGCUUGGACCAUGCCAAAGCAGAAGCUAGGAAGCGUUUGCUGGCUGAAAUUACAGCUAAUGCCUUUGUUCUUUCUGAGCAUCCCUACGGGAACUAUGUUGUGCAAUAUGUACUUGGAAUGAGAGUACCCCAUGUUACAUCAAACAUAAUAGUGCACCUUGGAGGGAGUUAUGUUACUCUUUCCAUGAAUAAGUAUGGCAGCAAUGUGGUUGAGAAAUGUUUGAAAGAUGCUGGGGAAGGGCAUUCUGCAAGGAUUAUCACAGAGAUUAUGCAUGAUCCAGACUUCUUAAAGGUUCUUCAGGACCCCUACGGGAACUAUGUUGUUCAAUCAGCCUUGCAUGUUUCUAAGGGAGAUCUCCACAAUACUCUUGUUGAAUUCAUCCAACGUCAUUAUCCAUUUCUCCACAGCCAUCUAUUUGGGAAAAAGGUGUUGGCUCGAACCAAAUGGCGCAAGAACCGGCUUCGUUUAUAUCAUAAUGUUGUCACUUGUCAGGAUAUUUCUAGGUUUGGAAUUAAUAAUAACCAUAUGGGUGAGCACCAGGUAUCAUUGAAAGAAAGUACUGUUAUCUUCUAUCCGGGAAUGGGGUCUAUGUGCAUUUAUCAUAUGGAACCUACAAAAAAUGAAUUAUCUCUGAUUGAUUUGCACAAUCUUUUUUCUCUUAAAUUCUUUGAAAGGGAAACUUUUGUUGGAAAGGAUGAGCACAAAAUGCUUACGGGGAAGCCAGACAUAAUCAUUUUUUCAAAAUUUAUAAGGGCACCAUGA